UCCACGCAGCUGACGCAGCCACGAUGCUAGUCUUUGGACGAAUUUCAGCCGGGUCUAUGAGCCCAUUAAUACAUCACAGAAAUACGAGUUUCUUAUUUUCAAUUCAGUCAACCUUUUAAAACUACAACUGUAUUUACUGUAAAGUUAAAAGCACAUAAGUGGACAAUGGCUCCGCCACCAAAAGGGAAAGCCCCCACCAAAGGCGCAAAACAAAUUUUGGUGGAGAACACAGCAACUGUCAACUUCUAUCGUAAUAUGGCCCUUGGAUCCACGGCGUUCUAUGGAGUUAUAUCUCUAGGAUUUUAUUACGAAUACUUUACCACAGGAAUAAUCUGUUUAAAUGUCCUAGUUUUAUCAAUAUAUGCAGCAUGCUACCAUAUUAUGAAGUACAUCAGCCGGCCCACUUAUUCUGACAACAGUCAACUUGUUGACCCUGGUCUAGAUUUGAAUAUGGAAGGUGGUAUGGGAGAACAUGUAAAAGACAUAGUAAUACUGUCAGCUAUUACACAUGUCCUGGCCGCAGUUUCCAACUAUUUCUGGUUUCUGCUGCUGCUUUUGCCGGCGCGCGCAUUCUGGCUGCUUUGGACAAAUAUACUGGGCCCUUGGUUCUUCCAAGAGGCUCCUGAAGACACAGAACAAGAUGAAAAGAAGAGGAAAAAAAUGGAAAGAAAAAUGAAAAGAUAUCAACAGUAAAGCUGCUUACAAUUCUACUAGCAAAAGUUUUACUAUAACUGCUUGCUAGAAUUAUUUAUCAAUAAGUGGCGGACACAGCUUGCCAUCCUUGGUUUAUAGAACUGACCUGAUAAAUGAAGGUUGAUGAUAGCUUUGUAUUUAGAGUAUAGUAAAUUAUUUAUGGUGUUAGGUGACAGGAAUGUUUUGUUAGGCUUGGCAUAGCCACGGUUUAGCUGAUCAGUGUAAUUAAGGAAUGAAAUAAUCUUAAAAAUGAUUUUUUUCUUUGUACUUUUAGAUGUAGGCUAAGUUUUAGUAUAUAAAGGAAGCGAAAACCCUAAUUUUAUACGUCAGCUGCUAUAAAGUAAACAGACCACAGCCAAUAAUUAUGAAGAAGCAAAAUUGAAAUUAGAAUGCCCGCAGAAGUACUCACUCCUUACCUAGUCGGCGAUUUCUAAUCUAUGUCUUUUUCUCUUUCUGUGAGGUCCUUGAUUCUCCCAAUUCUUAUUUUAUUGUAUCCUAUCUGAAAGUGUUUAUUUGCAUACUGGUAUUGAUUUGUGGGUUUGUCCAAAAUAGUACAAAACAAGAACGAUAAUAAAAUUGUUAGAUGUUAUGGACAAAUUAUUAUUUAUUUUAUAAAAAAAAUUAUGUUCGUGGAUCAUAGCUAUGUCUAAUAUGGAUUGUUAAUGUCUACUAUAAAACAAUUAAGUGCCCAUUAUUCUAUAUGAUACUGAUGAUUGUCUAGAGAACAAAUGUGUAAUUUUCUAAUUUUUAUAAUAUUAAUUAAAUAAUGAUUAUUGUACUAUAAAUUAAUUAUUUCCGAAA